AGAGAGAGAGAGAGAGAGCAGAUUUUUUCCCAUAUAUACUCCGCCAAUUCCACCUUGAAGAACUCAGGUUAGUCGUAGUAGUUCGCCGGCUAUCACACCCAUUCAUUCCCCUUUAAACCAAACGAACCAAGAUGGCGAUCAACGGCGAGACGAAAACCGAGCCAAACAGCGAAGAGCAAGUGAGCCGGCACCAGGAGGUCGGACACAAGAGUCUUUUGCAGAGCGACGCUCUUUAUCAGUAUAUUCUUGAAACGAGCGUGUAUCCGAGGGAGCCCGAAUCCAUGAAGGAGCUUCGAGAAGUCACGGCGAAACAUCCGUGGAACAUUAUGACAACGUCGGCAGAUGAAGGACAAUUUUUAAACAUGCUACUAAAGUUAGUGAAUGCUAAGAACACCAUGGAAAUCGGAGUUUUCACUGGUUACUCCCUCCUUGCUACUGCUCUUGCUCUUCCCGACGAUGGCAAGAUUUUAGCCAUGGAUAUAAAUAGAGAUAACUAUGAGUUGGGUCGUCCUAUCAUUGAGAAGGCUGGAGUUGCUCACAAAAUUGACUUUAAAGAAGGCCCUGCCAUGCCUGUUCUAGAUGAAAUGAUUGCCGAUGGGAAAUAUCAUGGAACAUAUGACUUCAUAUUUGUGGAUGCUGACAAAGACAACUACAUCAACUACCACAAAAGGUUGAUUGAUUUAGUCAAGGUAGGUGGGUUGAUUGGUUACGAUAACACCUUGUGGAACGGUUCUGUGGUUGCCCCACCAGAUGCACCAAUGAGAAAAUAUGUAAGGUAUUACAGAGAUUACGUGUUGGAGCUCAAUAAAGCCUUGGCUGCUGAUCCAAGGAUCGAGAUAUGCAUGCUUCCUGUUGGAGAUGGAAUCACCUUGUGCCGUCGAAUCAAUUAAUUUUGUAACUUUCCGCCAAACAGAGUGGAAUAUAUGUUGUGGUCGAGAUCCCAUAUAAAUAAUUUCAUAUGUUUUUGUUCAUUUGUUUAUUAUCAUGUUUUUAGUAUAAUAUAUCACAAAUGACAUAUUCCCGAGAA